AUGAGCACUGCAAAAUUUCACGUGGAUGAUGAUGGGAAUUCAGGGAGGGACAUCAAAGGUCCACGUCCGUCUCCGUUGAAGAUCAACAAGGCAUCCCACUUCAUUCACAAGUCAUCUUCGAGUUCUUCAACGUCAAUGUCUUCGGUACUUUCUGACUCCGCCGCUCCGGCCAGGCAGCAACAGCGGCGACCGGUGAUUAUAUACACCCAUUCUCCGAAGAUCAUCCACACCCAGGCUCGGGAUUUCAUGGCUCUCGUCCAGAAGCUCACCGGCGUGUCUCGUCCCAACGACGACGAACCCACUGCCCAACCUGAUCAUCAUCAUCACCAUCAACCCCAUAAGAGCGAUAUUAAGAGCUUGUCUUUGGAAGGUGGAAAUGAUCGUAACGUGAAGCCUGUUAGCCACGACGACAAUGACUCAUCUUCGGCUCUCACCGAUGAGAAUUGCGGCGGCGGCGGGAAGGGAAGCUCGUCCUCCUUUUUGUCACCGAAUCUAAACCUAAACCAAAACCAAAACCAAACCAAUCAAUAUUUCGCUGAUAUCCCUUUGUUUACCCCGAAUUCGAGCAGUUUCUACUGCUCGCCUCGGCCUGUUUACAGAUAUCCUGAUUCGUCGUACGCGUCGCCAAACGUGGGUAACUCCAUGUCACCGUCCGUUUUCGAGUUUCUGAAAGGGCUACCAGAAUACUGAGAUAUAUAUAUAUAUAUAUUUGAGGGAUUUGGUGUAAUGGAUUUAGAGGGUUUUAGUAAUUUGCUGCGUGCAUUGUGCAUAGGUUGGUGUUUAAAUGUCUGAUUAUUUUUGUGUCUGUUUGUUUUUUUACGUCUCCAAGGUUUUGGAUAUCGAUUAGAUAGCAUCCGUUGUGAAUUAUAAGAUCAUUUAAUUGAUUCGUUGGCCAC